ACAACUAUAAUUAGAGGGUUGAUUUUGUUAUUUUUGGAACUUGGGUUUUAUGUAGUUGCCCCUAUAAAAUGGGAAAGGCCUAUUCGAAGUUGAAACGUCAUCGUUUUAGAGGAGAAAAAAACCAGAAUAGCCUGAGAAACCACAACAGAGGCAAAAACGAGCCAUUACAGCAAUACAUUGGUGUCAAAUACUGAUUUGGCAAAAUUUGCUGCCAAAACGGUUAAGAGAAAAAAAAAAAAAAAAAGAAAAACAGACCAGCUGGGUUCGAUCGUACGUAUGUAUCUAAAACUCAACUCUUAAAAGCACAUCGUUUCUGUUUGGUUAUGUUCUGUUCUGUUCUGUUCUGGCUCUCUUAAGUUACAACAAAAUCAUCCCAGAAUUUUAGUGCUUUAUUGUUGAAUGUGAAAUGAAAAUGGAAGGGGUUGAAAGAUCAGAGUUGAGGAAGUUGCAGAAGGAGCAGGAGAGAGAACGACGGCGUUUAAGGGAUAGACAAAGAAGACAAUCUAUGAGUGUUGAAGAGAGGGAAAAACAUCUUGCUAGACGUCGAAGGAAUUACCAACUUAGAAGAUUAAGAGCUGGAAUUGGAAUUGCUCCAUCUCAAUCUGAACACGAACACGAACACGACCAAGAACAAGAACAAGAACAAGAACCAACUUCCUCAACCGAUCAGCUUCUUGCAUUACCUUCCUCGGAUCCUAGUACUGCUCAAUGUAAUAAUGAUGUUCUUGCUAUUGAAUCUCAUCAAGCUGUCACAAACUCCACAAACUCUGAAAGUUUAGAGGUUCCAGUUCAUAAAUUGGCCCAGUUUUCUGGGCAGCUGAGAUUAAAUCGUGUAAAGAGUCUUGCACGGUCGUUGAAUGGUCAUGUUGGUGACAAUCAUGUGAUGAUAAAGGCAAACGAAGUUUCUAGUGAUAUAAUGGCUAAAGGGUUGCGGUUGAAUCGUGUUAAAAAUCUUGCGCGGUCAUUGAAUUCUGCUGUGAAAGAGAGUUCCAAUCAAAACCACCCAAGACAGAUAGAAGGAUGAGCCUCUUUCUUGUUCUAAUUUGGUCUGCGACAUACGAGGAUGAAAUUUACUUGGCUCCUUCAAAAUGUCUUGAUUGAGGAUGUGUAUGUAAGUUGCUUAGAGAGUGCAAAUUUCCUCUGAGCUUCAUGUGUAGUAUACAGCCUUUGUAUAUAGCUGGAUUGAAGAAAUAUCAUAUUGGCUUCUUUAAGGAUGAAAAUUGUUUAGCAAGCCUUUCCAAAAUCUAAAAUGUUCUAAUUUGUUAUUUUUGCUAAGAUGAUUAAAUUAGUUUCAGGAAGUGGAUGUAACUUGUAAACAUUGUAACAUUGUAGCUUUUGGAUGAGGAUUGGAUGAACUGUUUAACUGCAUUUGUAUCCUAUGCAGAAAUUAUUCAAAACUUCUUGUUCUUGUGUUUUCUGCAAAACAUCUGCUAUCUCGAUGAAGAAUUUGGUUCAUUCUGUUAAUAGUGCUUUUGGUAUGCACCUAUAACCAAUGAAUGAUGGAUGAAUAAUGUAUAUGAUUUUGUAAGGCUCAAACUGACAGCUUUAUCAAGAACCGAGGGAAAACCAAAUGCGGAUCAAGGAUGUAACAAACAGAGACCUGAAUUUUAGUGUAAAAAAAUGAGUCCUAAAAGAAAUCAGAAUGACAAAUGCAGCUCUAGCCAAUCCUGAUAUCUGUCUUAGUUGUGCUUCUUGUGAAAUGGUCCCAGAAUCAGUCUUUCAAUCUGAUAGCAUCUUCUUGAACCUCUAGAGGUACAAUUUUGACAAAUAGCUGUAUGCUGUAAUAUCUGAUAUUAGUUCUUAUUUGUUAGGUUUUGUAGUUGUAAUUACAGUGCAGAUACUUAUAGUUUCUUUUGCCCCUUUGGUUUAUUCUCUAUAUUCAUGCUAGAAUACUUGAUCUUUAGUGAAAAGCAUACAUUGGACAGCUCCUGCUUCGGACUAAUUAUAUUCUUAAUGCUUAAUUAUUCUUGCAGGAUGGAAAUUGAUACUGUAAAGGGCAUUGUGGAUAUCGGAGAUGGGUAUUCUUUGAAGUUAACAGAGUGAUAGGAAAAAGCCAUGAACUGGAGAUAGAUUCUGUUAUUAUAUUUGAUUUUUUUUUUUUCUUUUUCUUUUGGGAUGCAUUUCUCAUACAUAAUGAUUUAUUCUCAAUCAAGUAGCUAAAUUCUGUAAAUUGGUCUUUGUUUUUGGAUUCUUUUUGUU